AUGUGUGGUAAAGAGGCCGACUGUGAAGAGGCCCACCGUAAAGAGGCCCACCGUAAAGAGGCCCACUGUGAAGAGGCCGACUGUGAAGAGGCCCACCGUAAAGAGGUCAACUGUAAAGAGGCCCACUGUGAAGAGGCCGACUGUGAAGAGGCCCACCGUAAAGAGGUCCACUGUAAAGAGAAGCACUGUAAAGAGAACCACUGUGAAGAGGCCCACCGUAAAGAGGUCCCCUGUAAAGAGAACCACUGUAAAGAGAACCACUGUGAAGAGGCCCACCAGACCCACUGUAAAGAGGCCCACUGUGAAGAGGCCGACUGUGAAGACGCCCACUGUAAAGAGAACCACUGUAAAGAGGCCCACUGUGAAGGGGUCCACUGUAAAGAGAAGCACUGUAAAGAGAACCACUGUGAAGAGGCCCACCGUAAAGAGGUCCCCUGUAAAGAGAACCACUGUAAAGAGAACCACUGUGAAGAGGCCCACCAGACCCACUGUAAAGAGGCCCACUGUGAAGAGGCCGACUGUGAAGACGCCCACUGUAAAGAGAACCACUGUAAAGAGGCCCACUGUGAAGGGGUCCAUUGUGAAGAGGCCCACUGUAAAGAGGCCCACUGUGAAGAGGUUCACUGUGAAGAGGCCCACUGUAAAGAGGCCCACUGUGAAGAGGUCCACUGUAAAGAGGUCCACUGUGAAGAGGCCGACUGUGAAGACGCCCACUGUAAAGAGAACCACUGUAAAGAGGCCCACUGUGAAGGGGUCCAUUGUGAAGAGGCCCACUGUAAAGAGGCCCACUGUGAAGAGGUUCACUGUGAAGAGGCCCACUGUAAAGAGGCCCACUGUGAAGAGGUCCACUGUAAAGAGGUCCACUGUGAAGAGGCCCACUGUAAAGAGGUCCACUGUGAAGUGGCCCACUGUAAAGAGGUCCACUGUGAAGAGGCCCACUGUAAAAAGGUCCACUGUGAAGAGGCCCACUGUAAAGAGGUCCACUGUGAAGAGGCCCACUGUAAAGAGGUCCAUUGUGAAGAGGCCCACUGUAAAGAUAACCACUGUAAAGAUGUCCACUGUAAAGAGAACCACUGUAAGGAGGCCCACUGUGAAGAGGCCCACUGUGAAGAGGUCCACUGUGAAGGGGCCACUGUGAAGAGGCCCACUGUAAAGAGGCUCACUGUGAAGAGGCUCACUGUGAAGAGGCCCUCUGUGAAGUGGCCCACUGUGAAGAGACCCCCUGUGAAGAGGCCCACUGUGAAGUGGCCCACUGUGAAGAGCCCAUUCAUGACAGUGUCCUACUCUCACUUUAGAAUUGCACACCUAGAACACAGCUAA